AUGUGGCAAGUUGCCUUCCGCUAUAGUGUGUUUAUACUGCCUCUAGUCUCUUCAACUACUGAAUGGUGGGGAGACUUACGUGCUCAUCUUAAUCCUAGCAGGACACCCGCAUUCUAUGAUGUAACUUACGAUGAAGCAGAUUGUCCACUAGGGCUCCGCUCUGAUGCGAUACCGGAGUACGUGUAUUUCGGAACGAUGAUGGCAACGAUGAGUGUGAACGAACAUGACGAAUGUCUUCAGAAAUGUGCCGAAAAGCCAAGAUGCAAAGCUGUUAACUAUUUCCAUCCUUUUGCGUACCAGAAGAAAGCGUUCUGUGAACUACUCUCCGAAACUCAACGCGAUAAUCCACGUCUACUGCGCCCAUUUCGCUUGGCCACAUACUUCGAGAGAAUCCGUUGCCGAGAAGACAUCGACGACGUCAUUGACAUAAUACAAAAACCUGCCCCUCCCCGCGAGAAGAAACUGGAAAUGAACAACCUGAUGAAGAAGCUCACUACCAAGGUCAAUGAGUUCAACUCGGGUUUUCGGGCUGCCCGUUGA